UCGACGGCACCGUCAGUAGGCCUGCCGCAACGCAGCAGUGAGCGCGCCUUCCACCUUAAGCAGGGGUUCGCGUUUCCCGGAGGUUCGCUCGAUCGGCUGGGAAACGUCGCGCCGCGUCGUCUGAAUCCGAUCGCCGAAUUUUUCAUGCGCGUGAAAUCUGGGACGGAAUCUUUCGGAGGCCGAUCCGUGCGCGCGCGACAGGUGAAAGUGUAGCGUCCAGGACGACCAGCGGUGAACCACCCUCGUACCCACGGUAAUCUCCCUAUACGCGUUUCCUCCCAGAGAAAACUUGGCACGAGUUCGCCAGCGUCGGCCACUGACCCGAGGUUGCGAUCUGGUAUCACACUGAAUCACGAGGCCGCGGGGGGCAAUCUCCCUCGAGAAGGAACGGAAUAUAUUUUCACGCGACGGUAUAGCAUAAUACGUAAGAAAAUUCCGAAUCUUCUUUCCCAGGUGACAUAGAGAAUCUUUUUUCUCGUCUGUACCUGAAGAGGCGUCGCGUCGGAUCGAUUUGACAAGUCUGCCGAUCGAUUGGCGAUUGGAGAUGCCAACGCGUCGGCGUUUGCCGCCUGAACGCCUUCACUUUCCCGCGACACGUUCACGCUAUAAUUAUUGAGAGCGGUGCAGCCGCUAUAUAUGAAUUUUGCGGAGGAUGCAGUAGGACGGUGGACGAUAAUCCCGAUAUAUCAAGGUGCACGUAAAAUGUUUUUCGUGCGCGGAGUACGGCGGCGUGUUACCUGCGCCCGUUAACGCUCGACGUAGUCGACCUGCGGUUAUCCACGACGAACCGAGUCAUCUAGCCCAUCGAUUUUUCCGUCCCACGUUCUCGAAAACAUCAUUACGUCAUUAUCCGCCGGGCGAUGACGGAGGAGAGACGUGGGAUGGCACGUUCGCGGGCGCGUGUGAGACUAAGUGGUGUAUGAAGUGAACGCCAAUAGACUGUGCAAGGAUGUACAAUUAGCCGAUCGAGUAACCCCGUUAGACGACGUUGGAGAGUUUGCGUACAUAAAUAACGCGCGUAAUCGCGCGCGGAGCCCUUAAGGAGCUGCCGCGACUUACUUGUAAUCCGCAGUUUUCUCGCUGUCGAGAAUCCAGCAGCGGCGAAGUGCCUCUCGCGUGCUCCGUCAACUGCACUUAAGCCUCGCCUCUCAAAGCGCAGGUCGGGAGCCCCGCGCGCGCCGCCGUCAGCCUCGCUCGUUACCGUUAAAAGUGUACAUCGGACGUUUUAUCGGACGGUGGGCAGGGGGAGGGGGUGGGAUUCACCAUCACGGUGAAAAUCGGCCGCGAAGGGACCGGCGAGCGCGCCGGUGGCGGUCAGAUCGAUGCGACGGAUCCCCCGUCUUUCGCGUCUUGUGACGAGAUGCGUCCGUUAGGACCGAGAUUCCGGAUGACCUGACGGACGGAUCAUCACCGGGGGAAAUCGCUCGUCUCAUUGAAAGUUAUCAGCCACGUCGUCUUCCACUUAAGAACGGGAUUCGAGGAGAAGGAGAAGGACGGUGUAUCUGCACGACGAGGAGGAGGAAGCGAAGAUUCAUAUCGCUUACAAUGGAGAGGAUGCUUUUGCUGAUGAGCUUGCUGGCCCGGUUCGUCGUAGCGGAAGUUCUGCUCGGCGACGUCGACGAGCCACUGCCUAUAUCAGACGUUAGCGCGGUGGCCGGUUUCAAAGCUCAGAUACCUUGCGACAUCGAUCCGCCGAUUAAAGACGAGACGGUCAUCAUGGUAUUUUGGUACAAAGAUGAAAAGGACGGCGAACCGAUAUACAGCAUGGAUGCUCGGGGGAGGCAGAUAGCACAGGCGAGGCUUUGGUCGGAUCCGUACGUGUUCGCUGAAAGGGCGGUUAUGAAGACGGACGUAAAGCCCGCCGAGCUAGAGAUAGAUCCUUUGGAGUCUACGGAUGGUGGUGUAUAUAGAUGCAGAGUGGAUUUUAAGAAUAGUCCCACGAAGAAUCAGAAGAUUAAUCUUACGGUCGUAGUGCCGCCAAAAAAGCCAGUGAUUUAUACCGGCGCUAGCAGGAGCCUAGCUAAAAUACUGCAACCAUUUAACGAGGGAAGCGAGAUGUCCCUGUUGUGCGAGGUGAUCGGUGGUUCACCUCCGCCAAGGGUCACGUGGUAUUUCAACAACAAAGUCCUGGACGAUACGUAUACGCAAGAGCACGAUGAUAUAACGAUAAAUCGUCUGGAUAUUCCGAGGGUCACCAGGGACUUCCUGAGAACGAGGCUAAUUUGCAAGGCGAGCAACACUCAGCUUAUGACGCCGCUGACCUCCGAGGUCAUUCUGGAUGUGAACCUGAAGCCGCUCGUGGUCAACAUUACGAACAAGAGAUUUCAUUUGUCGGCAUUAAGAACUUACGAGAUCGAGUGCGUCAGUUCGGGUUCUAGACCGGAGGCGGUGAUUACCUGGUGGAAAGGGACCCAUCAAGUCAAGCACAUGGCUAGAAAUUUCGCAGACAGUCCGAACGUCACGAGAAGUGUGCUGAGCUACGUGCCGACUAUCGAGGACGAUGGAAAAUUUCUGACGUGCAGGGCAGAAAAUCCCGUGGUGCCUAGCAGUGCCUUGGAGGAUAGGUGGCACUUACUGGUGUAUUACACACCGGUGGUGAGCAUUAAGUUGGGUUCCAGUUUGAAGGCGAACGAUAUAAACGAGGGCGACGACGUCUACUUUGAGUGCGACGUACGAGCCAAUCCAAAGUCUUACAAGCUACUUUGGUUCAAAGACGGCAAGGAAUUGCAUCAGAACGCCACCGCAGGGAUUAUUCUUCCCGGUGGGCAAUCCCUAGUAUUGCAGAGCGUGACGAAAAGCUCCGCCGGGGAAUAUUCCUGCAUGGCAGCCAACGUCGAAGGGAAAUCCAUGAGUCGUUCGGUAACUCUCGAAGUGAUGUACGCACCGAUCUGCAAGGACGGCUCUUCCACCCAAGUGGUCGGCGCCUUGAAGCACGAAACGAUCUCGCUGGUCUGCGGCGUACAGUCGAAACCGCCGCCCACGACCUUCCGCUGGACGUUCAACAACUCCGGGGAGUUGAUGAACAUGCCGUCUACGAGGUACGCGCAGGUCAAACCGCUCAGCCUAAUCACGACUCACUGGCAUGGCUCCAGACUGAAUUAUACACCGGAGAACGACAUGGACUACGGGACUGUCGCCUGCUGGGCGAGAAAUCGGAUAGGGAUGCAGAAGACACCCUGUCUCUUUCAGAUCAUCGUCGCCGGAAAGCCCUACCCCUUGCAGAACUGCACGGCCCUCCAGUCGACCGGACCCUACGCGUACCGAAUGGGUCACGAAGACUUUAAAGCCACCGACUCGAGGGACGCGGACUGGCUGAUCGUCAGGUGCUCAGAGGGAUUCGAUGGUGGUUUGCCCUUGACUAAUUACGAGCUAGAGGUCUACAGCGAGGAGAACGUUUAUCAUGUCAAUACCAUCUACCUGAACCACACCAACACGGAUAGAUCCGGCUCAUCCGGUCCAGUUUUCGAAGUCCCCGGCUUAGAGCCGGGACGGAAUUACAGGCUUCAUCUUUAUGCCGUCAACGCAAAGGGUCGGAGCGACCCCGUUGUUCUUGAACCAGUCACGCUCAAAGGAGUAGCGAUGUACACCACGGGUCGCGGCAUCUCGGACGAGGCGACCGAUUAUAGCCUCCUGGUAGCGUGCUUCGCCGGCGGUAUAACCGCUAUUUGCAUUCUGAUCGUCGGGAUAACGCUGACCCUGUAUCGUCGAAACCAUCCGACGCAGACGACGAAGGCGCGGGUGGUGGAGCCGGUGCAGUACGAGAGCAAGGAGGACCGGCCGGCGGCGCCGGCGGCGACGACGACGAACGAGGCUCACCGGGACGACUUGAAGGAGCAGAUAAACGUAGACGUGCCGGAUGACGAUCCGGACGUGAUACCAAGCAAGAACGUCGAGAGACGACCGGACAUCUUCGAGCCGGGCUACGCGUCCGGCAAGCCGUCCGAGAGAGCCAAGGACUUCAGGUGCCUCGAGGACCUCGAUUAUCCGUCGCCCUCGUCCGUGCUUCACGCCAAAGACUCCUGGAUCUAUCCGAACGGCUACGCGGAGAAGAGCGAGAAGAGCCUGAGCCCGAUACGACCCAGUACGCUGCCGGUGCAUCGCACUCACGAUAUCUACACGAGGAGUCUGCGUGUACAGGAGAGUUGUAUAUAGACGAAGGUAUAGCGUCUCUUUGCAUCUGGCUAUCCGGGUCAGUACCCUCCGAUGCUGCUCGCCAAACCGUCGUACGCGAUUAAACGACGCUUGUAAAUAGACAAUAAAUACCGUUAAGGACCCAACUCUCCCGACCGCAGCACGUGUCGGCAUUCGCGACAUUCCUAUUCUUGUUUUUUCACCUAGCUGUAAGAGAGGGUAUAGCUGCGUUAGCUUCGUUCUAAGGGAAACGUGAUACUUGGGACGCCAGGGCGCGAUCAUGCGCGUGUACAGAGACAAUAAUUUUCCGCCGUUGAAAAAAAAACAAAGAAAAAAAAAAGACUUCCCGUUACCUCUGUCUCUCGUCGGAAGCCUUCUCCCGUAAAACUAUCCGCGACUGUCUGGAGGAGCGUAAAUGUUUUGUCUACGGAUGUUUCAUCGUGCUUUGUGGUUAAUUAAAUGGUCAAAUGUAAACGUUUGUAUAUACGGAUAAAUAAAUCUUGUUGUUUAAUAUGCA